GGCCCACGCCGCGCAUGCGCCAGGCCCCAUGCGCCACCGGGCGGAGCGGCGCAGUGCGGUGGCCUCAGUCCCCGCGCAUCGCCGCCCAUGAUCUCCCACCGGGCGUCCCCAACAGCCCGGUACCGCGCCCACCCCCACUUCGCUGCUACCGCCCGCGGACAGCUCCCGCUUCGCCGCGCGCUCCCGUGCUAUCAGCCAAUGGCGGGGCUCGCGCCGCUACGUCACCCGGGGGGCGGAGUGAAGCGAGGCGAGGCGGGAUCGCCUGGCGCUGCGUGAGGGCUGCUGGGAGGGCGGUGGCGUCACUGGCGGGUGGUGGAUGCAACGUCGAGAUGGCAUGCCCAGAGGACCUGGCUGCCCUGGCAGACAAGGACCUGCUUGGCUUUCUCCUGAGCAAUGACGCUCACGGCACUGCAGACCUAGGGGAGGAGAACCUCUUGCUGGAGGACUGGGGCCUGCCAGGGCCCAAGCUCCUAAACAAGGAGAUGGAUGACUUCAUCAGCCACAUGCUGAGCCCCUGUGAAAAUGAACCAGGCCCACUGCAGGGCUGUUCAUCUGCUGACAGUGACAGCGACAUUUCUGAGGAUCAGAAUCUGUCCCAUAGCCCUGGCAGUGACUUUGCCAGCAGCCCUCAGAGCUUGGAUAUUGUGUAGUUUGAUCAGAGUUAUUCCCUCCAUCAAGACUGGCCUGCACUGGAAAGCAUGAGGGCUGAUCUGGCAGAAGGAGAUGUUUCCAUUGACUUUGAGACAUGGAUGGGUUUGGAAAGCACAACUGCGGCACUGGAACAGAGCUCCAGUUUCCCAAUUGCCAUUGAUGUGGAUGCCGGACCCCAGCUCAUGCCUAGAGCCACCAUGCAGCCUGACUUCCCAGAGCUGAUGCUGAGUGAUAAAGAGAGGCAACUCCUGGAGAAAGAAGGUGUUUCAUUACCAACCUGUCUGCCACCGACCAAAGCUGAGGAGCAGCUUCUGAAGAAAGUGUGCCAAAAGAUGAACAAGUAGUCAGCCCAGGACAGUCAUCGCAGGAAGAAGAUCUAUGUGGAUGGCCUGGAAAACAGGGUGGCAGCCUGCACAGCUCAGAACCACGAGCUGCAGAAGAAGGUGCAGUUCCUGCAGAAGCAGAUCAGGUCUGUGCUUGAGCAGCUGCACAAACUGCAGGCCUUGGUGAGACAGUCCACCACCACCAAAAUGACCACAUUGAGUACCUGCGUCAUGGUCCUGGUUCUGUCCUGCCUCAUUCUCUCGCCCAGCUUCUACUCGUUUGGGAGCAGAGGGCUGCAGCCAGAGCUUGGAGCGCUAUUGCGGCAGAUUCACAAGUUCCCGAACCAGGCUUGGUAGACAGCACACAGCAGGCAGGAGGAAGCUGCGCUGGAGAGGCUCAGCCCCGAGCCUGAGGACACCUCACUGUUGGGCAGCCUUAGUCAGUCACAGGAAGAGGGGCAGAGUCCACCCAAGCCUGAUUUGAGAUCUGCAUUCAACAGCAACUCAUCCUCUGACCCUCCUGCGACAGCAGGCUCCGAGCUGAGCCGUCCCCAGCCACAGGAGCAGUGCUCCUGGAAUGACCCCUUGCACUUGGAGGUGCUGGUGCCGUGGAAAGCCAAGAGUCAGGAGUGGGUGGAGCACGCUGCCACUGUUGUCAUCCAGCAGCACCAUGCCGAUGAGAUGUGACCCUCACCUCCUGCUUGCUGCCUACCAGGGUGAGGCAGGGCACCCUGUCAGGGAGGGACAAGCAGAGCUGUGUCAACAGAGAAUCUGCCAAAGCAAACACUUUUAAAUCAUCUCCCGAUUGCUGGCAGCUCAGGGUUUACCAGAGAGGAAUCAUUUUACAGGUGAUCUAUUCCUA